UUAAAGUCAAAAGUCAAACACAUCCCCAAAAUACAUUCCCCAGACACACUCCACAAUCGCAAACCACACUCUUAAACCACUUUAAAUUUAUCGCAGUCUUCAAAAAAUAAUCCUGUCAGAAUGGGUACCAGUGGGCUUCUCGUCUUUGUCCUCGGAACACAACGUCGAGCAACUUAUUGUCAUUACGAUUCAUAUCCCACCGGUCUCGGUCAAGAUAUCGUCGACUUCAUCCUCAAGUUGAAGCCUGAACAGUAUGCUAUUAUGAACCAAAAUCUUGAAAAGCUCGAAGUAUGUCUAACUCAUCUGGCGUCUUGAACUGCAUACUCUUGUCAUGAAUAUUAGCUGACAGAAUAUAUAGUGGGUCGGGAGGGAUGUCCAGGUUCCCAAGGAUCUUCAAGAGAAAUAUCAGAAACUCGGCUACUCCGAACCAAGUGGCGACGAACGAGCGACAGAAUGGUAUUGGAUUCUUCGAAAACUUCAAGGAGCACAAGCACUAAAGCCUAUCUUGGAUGGUGAACUUGAGCAUUUGGUGGAAGUGAAGCUCAACGAUUAUAUACCCGCAUUCUCCUACUUUGUCGAUUUCAAAGAGAUGACCUUGGAGACACGCACCUACGACAAAGUAGUGGAUAAAGUGAGCUUUCAGACGUUGGCGGAGUUGAAGAGGGAUUAUAUGAAGAAUCUAGAGAAGAAGUUGGAUAAUGAGUAGGAAUUGAGGUAUCAGGCCAAUAGGCAGUGAUGUGGAGUAAAGUCCGCAGAUUUUGAUCGCCAUAGGGAGAGCUUGUGUUGGAAAGGGGUUUCAAAUUGCGUUUGUUUGUAAUGUAAAUCAAAUGGGUUCAAUAUCUGCCUCGUUUCUUGUCGCCAUAGGUUACAUUCAAG